AAAUGCGCGUGCCCUGGUUGUCAGCAGUUGUCAGUUUAAGAAUAAAAAAAUACAUCGCUAGAAAGACAAGCAGAAAUUAUCUGCAUAACUAAAUGAACAUUUAUAUUGGCUUUGAGACGGAUAUAUAAAUAAUAACGUGUGAUGGGUGGUAAACAGAAGCAAGCUCAACGCACGAAAAACAAUGCCAGGCCUUCAAAUUCUGGGAGAAGCGCAGAGCUGCUGGCUUCUACCAUACCCCCGUUUGGAACGUUUUCUGGCUUGAAGGAAACAUGCUUUGCAAAUGCUGGAUUUUCAUUGGUGCCCAUCGAUGAUAUUGAUUCAUCUGUUGAUAGCAACUUUCAAUUAGUCCUGAAGAAGAUGAGCAAAAAGGAUGGCACAACAAAGUUGAAAGCUUUACAGGAAUUCACAGAGCUUAUAAAGAAUACAGAUGCUGAGACUAUCAAAGCUGUAUUACCAUUUUGGCCUAGGCUGUAUAAUAAUUUAUCAACAGAUGCUGAACAUAGGGUCCGUGAAGCAGCUCAAUUAGCACAACAUCAGGUUGUGUUAAAGGCCAAACGUAAUAUUGCUCCUUAUCUUAAGCAGUUAGCUGGACCAUGGUUUACCUCUCAGUAUGAUACUUAUCCACCUGCAGCUAGUGCUGCUACACAAUCAUUUAGUGAUGCCUUUCCAGCCAAUAAGUUGCAAGAAGCAAUUAUAUUCUGCCAAGAGGAGAUACUUAAUUACAUUUGCGACAAUUUGAUUAUACACACUGCGCAGACUCUAAGCAAUCCGAAAACGAAUUCGCUGGAGGAUUCUAAAGCGCGUUACGAAAGAGUCAUCAUUUCUAGUUUGCAGGGAUACGCACUCUAUUUGAGCAAGGUUCCCAAAAAAUCCAUUGAGACUGUUAUGGAGUUACACCAGAAGAUCAUCAUGAGCGCGAAGUUCUGGAAGUUUGGUCGCAACGACGUUUCGUCUAUAAGAGCGUCUUGGUAUAUGGUGUUAACAGCGAUGUUCCAAAUGGCUCCGUUUUUAUUGGAGAAUAAAGCAGCUCAAGUUACGAAAGCGGUUUUCAGUAAUAUGGAUGAGAGCGAUCCGGCAGUCCUUCCGAAUGUUUGGGAAGCUGCUCUAUUGACUAUAACAACUAUUGAGAAUUGGUGGAAAUAUAUCAACGUAGAUGAACUGUUUCUACCGAAGCUCUGGAAAGUCCUGAGACAAGGGGGACAAGGCAACGCCACCGUUAUUUAUCCAAAUCUUCUUCCGCUUCUAUCUCACCUGCCUCCAAACCUAGACAUUGAAAGUUUCUAUAACAAUUAUUUUAAUAAUAUGCGCAUUGGUAUUCAACAGAAAACGAUCAGAUCGAGCCAAUCGGAAUCUCGCGCUUUGUGUGUAGCGUUAAUCGAAUGCCUGCAAUACACAAUUCUUAAAAAUCAAUCUAACCUGGCGUUGUGUGAGACACUCAUCGAUGAACAACUCCUGGUAGCAGUGGAAUGGUCCUUGGAAAACGGCCAGGCUGCAUACAAGACGCUCUUCAAUCAAAUUUCAUCCCUCAUACAGUAUUGGCAUCGGAACGUAGAGCCCUAUCCAAAUUACAAAACGAUGUGCGACCGCGUGUGGAUUAAAUUAAAGACUCUCUUUGAAAACAAAAUCGGUUUGAACGAGGAUUACAUGGCUAGGCAGAUCGAAUUCUUCUUAUGCUUGAAGAGUACCACGAAGCCUAAGAAGCAGCUCAAGGUAAAAUUCGAUGGAAACGAUAGCAAGUCCGGAGAUGAUGGUCAGAGCCAAGGAGAAACCUCAACAGUUUCCGAUGAGUAUUUGAACUGCCUCAACUACUUGAUAUGUAGUACCUGCAUUUGUUGCGUGAAUACUAUCAGAAGAAACGCUCAACCUAGCAUCGUGGAUCAUUUGCUCUAUAUGGUCCAGGAAUUCGAGAACGAGACUCUUCUAAAAUACCUUAACUCCAAGGUGAAUUCUAGUGAGAAUAUGAUCGAAGUUUGCACUAAGAUAAUUUUACCAUGGAUUGACGACGAUUCGAUUCGCUCUCGUGGCGUCAUCGAUCUGCUUUUUAUCAUUUUUAAGUAUUUGAAAUAUGAAGAAAAAGCUUUAGUCUUGAAAACUUUAGAUAAGGUUCCAUAUGAAGACUGCUUUGGUUGGUGCGUUGCCAAGUGCUUGUCGCAUCCUUUCAACAUGGAUCUUGAGGUGCAAAAUUGGUUGGGCAGUAAACGAGUUGGAGACUUUUUAGUUAGAAUUAUGCAGUACGAAAUAGCUGAUGAAAGUUCACCUGAAUUUAGUUUACUAUUGAAACAGGCAUUAACAGAGACUUUUAAUGGAGAUUUGCUUAUUAGGAAGAAAUCAGUGUUCGAAAUUAUAGAGUCUUUGAGCGCUUGCUUGAUGUCUCCUCACAACCACCCAAUGACAAUCGAUACUUGUGCCAGUUUAGGAGCCUAUUUAGCUGCGAUCGUCUAUACUGAAUCGUUAAAACUAGCAUACUCAGAUAAGCUCCUCAUAGCUUUGUUCACUCUGUCCUGCUGCAGCGACGUGGAUCCUGAAACCCUUUCCAAGGACACCAUUUGGGAAGUGAACACCGCCUGGCAAGAUAUUAUUACUUUGAUAACCGGAGAAAUUCAACAAAAUGAACUGAAAAUCUUGGCGGAAACGUUCGCGAAAAUCGUCGAGAAGAAACUGUUCAAUGCGAUCGAAACAAUCAACUCCGAUGAGGUGGUCGAAAAGAUCGUGAGUUUUCUGAACUCCGUCGCUAAAUGUAAGCCGCUCUACGUCGGAGAGUUGAUCAGUUUAUUUAUGGAGAGGACUUUUAUUCCGCUGCAAGCGAAGAUUUUGAAGCUUCAGAUUCAAUUGAUAGAAUACCUGAAAGGGAAUCUGUCCGAUCCAUAUGAGCCGACCAAUUCUAAGGUCGAUCGCGAUCAGUUCGAAUUGAUCGAUGAGGAGAAAAUAGCCAAAUAUUUUACAUGGAAACAGAUCAUGCUUUCGGUUAUUUCCUCCCCAAUCGAUGAAGACGACUAUUGCGAGAGCGAUGAUGGAAACACAGGCAACAUCCUGCUUAAAUUGGCUGAGAACACCGAGAAUAUGAUCUCUGGUUUGCUUUACGAUAUCGCUUUAUUAGAGUCGGUGAAUCAAAAUUUGAAGUCGGUGCGACAUUACGACAAGCUCGAUGGUCAAUUGGCGAAUAUCAAAGAUAAACUCGUUAAUAUCCUCGACCAUAUCGAUUCAGUCACGAAGGAUAAAAUUGGCGGUAUACUGGUUCAUAAGGCCGGAGAAGAAGGUUGGUUGUGGGCGAAUACUGUUCAGUUAUGGUUCGUGGAGUUGUCCAAAGUACCAGCCACCAAAGUUUAUGACAAGUUAUUACCUAGUAUGAAUACAAAAUUGGGUAAAUUGCACUUGACUCAAAUAUUGGGAAGUAAUUUGAGUUACGACAACGUUCAUUGUAAGGUGGGCCCCGUUGGCAGCGUAGUUAUUCUUAGAAGCUUACUGCAUUGCGAUGAAAUCGACGUGCAAAUCGCUGAAGUAUUCAAUAAAAUCCAGAAACUGAGAGACGAAGAUAUGGGUCGUUACUUCUAUAACAUAAACUUCACGAACUGGUCCCAAGUGCAAACGGCCAUUGAAAUCAUGAGAAUGUUUACCGUUUUAGUGGAUACAAGAAAUAAUAAACAAUUGAAUAGCAGGCAGUGGGAUUUUAUCUUAGUGUCUCUUGCUAAUUGGUCGGGAAAACUCAACGAGAUUAAAUCUACCUGUGAUAAUAUUCAGAUUGCCGCAUUCAUUCUAUCUAUUGUCAAAUUAUUCGCUACGAUUACUCAAUAUAUUGAAGAACUUGCGAAAGAACAACCAGCUAACAGCUUAGUUGAUGAGUGGAAGAAUGUGUUCGUCAUUCCUAUCACUACCGAUAUAAUGAAGAUUUGGCUGUACCUAUCGGAGAAGUACGAGUGCAAAGUCAACAAGAUCAGCAUCACCGAUCUGGUCUUUUUGCACGAGCUGGGCAACGUUAUUGGACACGUGAAUGCUAAUCAUAUCUUCCAAACGCACAUUGCUGGAAUGCCGAAAUGGAGCAAAGUGCUCAAACAGUGUUGCACAUUGCUAAUCAAUUCGGAGCAUUCCCUUCAACUCUGGGGAUACAACAUGCUCAUUACUCUAUCAUCCGGUUUGAUCGAAGUGGAUUCUAAAUCAGUCGAUACCAAUACUCCGCACGAGAAGGGCAUGAUCUUCGAGCAGUUCAAGGAUUUACUCGUCAGAACGCAUAAUAUCGUCAGCAUUAUGUUACACGACUUCAAAUUGGGUGAAGACAGCUGCAGAGUUGAACCAUAUACGGACUCGUACACAUAUACCUUUGGAUAUUUACUUAUUUGGGACGUACUGUUGAACUUGUGCGAGAAAUCUUCAAGGGAAUUGAGAUUCCAGUACGCUGAUUGGUUAAGAAAGGAAGAAUUGCUUAACAGUUUGUUGAGCAGCAUAUUUAAAUUGAUGCCUACAGAUGUCCUCAGAUACACUGAGGGAAAAACGAAACCGUUCUUUGAAUGUUUUGUCGAAAAGCCCAAACUGCUUCUUGGAGAAGAAAUAAACAGCGAUAAAUUGGAGCGAUUCGUUUGUUGGAUUUACGCUUCAACAUUGGCGCAGCUUCCAGCUUCAGUUCGGCAAUGGUGGACCAACGCGGAAGCUAGGACAUCUCAGAUAGUUGAAAGAGUUACUACAGCCUAUGUUUCACCAUCUCUGUGCUCUCAAGAAUUAACUGAUGUUUCUGAGCAUGAAACUACUUUCAAAAACAUGGUCGUUAAGGUACAUCCUUAUGCUCGGGAGGUGAUUGCUGUGUAUACGGUAGACGAUUCCCAGAUGGAAUUGGUGAUGGCUCUUCCAACAAACUAUCCAUUGUGCGGACCAGACGUUCAAUGUAACCGGCAGAUUGGAGGAAUUUCCCAUAAACCAUGGCUGAUGCAGCUGAAGAUGUGCGUGUUGCAUCAGAAUGGAAGAAUCUGGGACGCUCUCUCGCUGUGGAACAACAACUUGGACAAAAAGUUCGAUGGAGUUGAGGAAUGUUACAUUUGCUUCGCUGUUUUGCAUCCAGGGACGUACCAAUUACCCAAAUUGUCGUGCAAGACUUGCAGAAAGAAGUUCCAUGCUGCUUGCUUGUACAAAUGGUUCAGUACCAGCAAUAAGAGUACAUGCCCCAUAUGCAGAAACCUGUUUUAAAUUGGCUAGCUUUAAACGAACAAAACUAUAAGAUAUUUUAAGCAUACGGAAAAUACUUUUAAAUCGUACCAAAAAAAAAAUGAUAUAUAUUAUGUAUGUAUUGAUGGUUGUAGAAACCAUACUCGAGGGAAAACCUCAAUUGUUAAUUUUUAAUAUUUUUUGAUUGAAUGAAAAAAAAAUCUAUCUUUGAACUGUGUAUACCAGUCACAUUGACUUUAGUUUGAACCUUGUAUAAACUUUAGGAACCUAUUUUAUGAAUGUAUUUUAUCAGAAUGUUGCACGAAUCGUGUAGUAAUUUGAUAUUUUUAAGAAUGUGUUGAAUUCAAAUAUAUAUGAUUAGCGACA